ACUAACAGAAGUAUUGCAAAUCCUCCCCCCCAAAAUCUCAAAAUUAAAACCCUAAAUUGGGCAUCGAUUUCGUCUUCAUUUCGCAUCUUUUCAGCUUCUUAUUAUAUAUCGCUCUACAUAUAGAUUCAGUUAAAUAUGGGGAGUGACUUAAAGACGUGGGUUUCAGACAAAUUGAUGUCCCUUGUUGGAUAUUCACAACCAACGCUAGUCCAAUAUGUGAUUAGCAUAUCUAAGAAAGCUUCAACUCCUUCUGAUAUAUUAAACAGUCUUAAAGAUAUGGACGUGCCAUCUUCCAAUGACACCCGUGCAUUUGCUGAAGAAAUAUUCAAAAAAGUUGACCGUAAGAGUUCUGGAACAAAUGUCUAUAGACAACAAGAAGAGGCUGCAGCAAUGCUAGCCAGAAAGCAGAGGACUUACAAGCUAUUGGAGGCAGACGACGACGACAAUGCUGAGCGUGGCCCUUCUGUUUCUGUUGCUUCUCAAUCCAAAAAGACCGAUAAACAUGUGAAACGGUUUAGAAAGAAGAGUGAAAACCAAGACGAUGAUGAUGAGGGCGCUGGAGUUUUGAAACAAGAUAGACGCGUUAAACAGAAAGUUUCCCAUGAUGAAUCGGAAGAUUCAGAUUCUGAAGAAGAAAGAUUGCGUGAUCAAAAAGAACGAGAAGAGUUGGAGCGUCAUCUAAGGGAAAAAGAUGCAGCUAGAACAGCAAAGCUGACUGAACAAAAGUUGUCUAUGAGGGAGGAAGAAGAAGCAAUUAGGAGAGCCAAUGCCUUGGAAGAAGAUGAUAUUGGUACCUUAAGAAAAGUAUCGCGCCAAGAAUAUCUCAAGAAAAGGGAGCAGAAGAAACUGGAGGAAAUCAGAGAUGAUAUUGAAGACGAACAAUAUCUAUUUGGGGAUGUCAAAGUCACAGAGGCUGAGCAGCGUGAACUAAGAUAUAAAAAGAAAAUCUACGAGCUAGUCAAGAAGCGUUCUCAAGAGGAUGAUAACGUUAAUGAGUAUCGGAUGCCCGAUGCUUAUGACGAAGAAGGUGGGGUUAACCAAGAGAAAAGAUUUGCCGUAGCUAUGGAGCGUUAUAGAGACUCAAAAGAUGGAGAUAAGAUGAACCCGUUUGCUGAACAAGAAGCAUGGGAGGAUCAUCAAAUUAAGAAAGCAACCCUAAGUUACGCAUCAAAGAACAAAAAGCAAUCUGAUGACUACGAUUUUGUAUUUGAGGACCAGAUUGAGUUCAUACAUGGACAAGUCAUGGGUGGUGAAAAUAUUGAUGACAAAGUAGAUGAGGAGGAACAUGAGAAGUCUAUAGCAAAAACAGCACAUGAGAAGCUUCUGGCAGACAGAAAAACAUUACCUGUAUAUCCGUACCGAGAGUCUUUGCUUAAAGCUGUGGAAGAGCAUCAGGUUAUCGUUAUUGUUGGUGAGACCGGAUCCGGAAAGACCACUCAGAUACCCCAAUAUCUUCAUGAGGCUGGUUACACGAAACGUGGAAUGAUAGGUUGCACGCAACCUAGACGUGUUGCUGCAAUGAGUGUUGCUGCCCGAGUUUCCCAGGAAAUGGGAGUCAAACUUGGGCAUGAGGUUGGCUAUUCAAUACGUUUUGAAGACUGUACUUCUGACAAAACAGUGCUUAAAUAUAUGACUGAUGGCAUGCUGCUGCGAGAGUUUCUUGGUGAACCUGAUCUUGCAAGUUACAGUGUAGUGAUGGUGGAUGAGGCUCAUGAAAGAACGUUAUCAACUGAUAUCUUGUUCGGUUUAGUUAAGGAUAUCGCUCGAUUUCGUCCUGAUCUCAAGUUGCUCAUUUCGAGUGCCACUCUCGACGCUGAGAAGUUCAGUGACUAUUUUGACUCUGCCCCAAUUUUCAGAAUUCCGGGAAGAAGAUAUCCUGUGGAAAUACUAUACACUAAAGCACCGGAGGCUGACUACCUGGAUGCUGCAAUUGUCACAGCUCUCCAAAUCCAUGUCACUCAACCUCCUGGAGAUGGUGACAUACUUGUUUUUCUCACUGGUCAAGAGGAAAUUGAAACAGCUGAGGAAAUCCUGAAACACAGAACACGGGGACUAGGGAGUAAAAUAGCAGAACUUAUAAUAUGUCCCAUAUAUGCAAAUCUUCCCACCGAGCUUCAGGCAAAAAUAUUUGAGCCUACUCCAGAAGGGGCCCGCAAGGUGGUCCUUGCCACUAACAUCGCUGAAACAUCGUUGACCAUUGACGGAAUAAAAUAUGUGAUUGAUCCAGGAUUUGUCAAGAUGAAAUCUUAUAACCCUCGAACAGGGAUGGAAUCAUUGCUCAUUACUCCCAUCUCAAAAGCAUCUGCAAAUCAAAGGGCGGGUCGAUCUGGACGUACGGGUCCAGGGAGGUGCCACAGGUUGUAUACAGCCUACAAUUAUUUUAAUGAUUUAGAUGAUAACACUGUCCCAGAGAUCCAGAGGACCAACCUUGCCAAUGUUGUAUUGAGUCUAAAGAGUCUUGGGAUCCAUGACUUGUUAAAUUUCGAUUUCAUGGACCCACCUCCUGCUGAAGCAUUACUUAAAGCUCUAGAGCUACUGUUUGCCUUAAGUGCACUCAAUAAACAUGGUGAAUUGACAAAGGUGGGUAGAAAGAUGGCUGAAUUUCCACUUGAUCCAAUGCUGUCCAAGAUGAUUGUGGCAUCUGAGAAGUAUAAAUGUUCUGAUGAGGUUAUUUCAAUUGCUGCCAUGCUUUCCAUUGGAAGUAGCAUCUUUUAUCGUCCAAAAGAUAAACAAGUCCAUGCAGACAAUGCUCGAUUGAAUUUUCAUAUGGGUAAUGUUGGUGAUCACAUAGCACUGCUUAAGGUUUACAGUUCUUGGAAGGAAACAAACUUCUCUACUCAGUGGUGCUAUGAGAACUACAUUCAGGUGAGAAGUAUGAAGCGUGCCAGGGAUAUAAGAGAUCAGUUGGAGGGACUAUUGGAAAGAGUUGAAAUUGAAUUAACUUCAAACCCUGGUGAUUUGGAAGGAAUUAAGAAGGCCAUAACCUCAGGGUACUUUCCCCACUCAGCAAAGAUGCAAAAGAACGGAACCUACAGAACUGUUAAACAUCCUCAGACUGUCUAUAUUCACCCCAGCUCUGGUUUAGCACAGGUACUUCCUAGGUGGGUGGUAUACCACGAGCUAGUCCUGACUACUAAGGAGUACAUGAGACAGGUCACGGAACUAAAACCCGAGUGGCUCGUGGAAAUAGCUCCUCAUUAUUAUCAGCUCAAAGACGUAGAGGAUUUGGCAUCAAAGAAAAUGCCUCGUGGAGAAGGCCGUGCAGUUAAAGACUGAUUCAUUCACAAAGAUGUAAGAUGGUGAGUAAUGGAAAACCUGUAAAUACAAUUUUGUAAAUCUUGUAGUGCGAAACAAAGAUCACGAGGCAUAGGUGACAGUGGUAAUGCUAUUUUUCAUGUAUACCAGAGGCUCCAAUCGUCAUUGUGGCUCUAAAAUGCAGGUAGAUGAUAUGGUAAACAGGGAGGCAUAUAUCUUUGAACUUAUAUGCCAUUGAUAAUCAUUUUUUUAAUUAGACUUUAUAGAUGUAGUGUUACAGUUAACAGAAUUAUAAAUGACCUUGAAGUUGAACGUA